ACCGAGUCAUAAUCGCGGUCGCGAAGGGGAGACUUCAUCGAGUGGAGAUAGCUUCCAGCAGCAUGGCGAUAAAUCUAAACGAGGAUAAGCCGCAAGCGCAAGCGAUGUCCUACCCCGCCGAACAUGGCCAACAACUCAAGGCCAUGUUCACAAGCCCAAACAUCUACCGACUAUCUGGGAAAACGUUGCAUUUUCCGAUUGCCCAUAGCGGUAGCGGCGUAGGAAAGUCGCAGCAAUACGAGCCAUCUUAGG